AUGACGCCGCCACAGGAGCUCCUGCAGGCACCGCCGCGCAAGGUCACGGUGGCGGCCACGCAGAUGGCGUGCAGCUGGGAUAUUGAAGACAACAUGAAGAAGGCAGAGGGGCUGGUGCGCGCCGCCGCAGCCCAGGGCGCCAACAUCAUCCUGCUGCAGGAGCUGUUUGAGGCGCCCUACUUCUGCCAGGAGCAGAAGCAGGAGUAUUACCGGCUGGCCAAGCCAGUGGACGACAAUCCGCUGAUCCCGCGCUUUGCCAAGCUGGCCGCAGAGCUGCAAGUGGUGCUGCCCAUCAGCUUCUUUGAGCGGGCAGGCGCCGCCCACUUCAACUCCCUGGUGGUGGCCGACGCCGACGGCAGCAUCGUGGGGCACUACCGCAAGUCCCACAUCCCAGACGGACCCGGAUACCAGGAAAAGUUUUACUUUAGCCCCGGGGACACCGGGUUCAAGGUGUUCAAGACGCGGUACGCAGACAUUGGUGUGCUCAUCUGCUGGGACCAGUGGUUCCCCGAGGGCGCGCGCUGCGCUGCGCUGAUGGGCGCCGAGAUCCUGUUCUACCCCACCGCAAUUGGCUCGGAGCCGCCCAACCCCUCCUACUCCUCCUACCCACACUGGGCGAGGGUCAUGCAGGGCCACGCGGGCGCCAACAUGAUGCCUGUGGUGGCCAGCAACCGCAUCGGCACGGAGACCUUCGAGCACAGCCACAUCACCUUCUAUGGCGGCAGCUUCAUCGCGGGGCCCGCUGGAGAGAUUGUGGCGCAGCCGGAGCAGGACGAGGGCGUUGUGGUGGCCACGUUCGAUCUGGAGGAGUGCAGCUCCAAUCGUGCGGGGUGGGGGAUGUUCAGGGACAGGCGGCCCGACCUGUACGGCCCCAUUGCCACCCUGGAUGGCAGCCGGAACAGCAGGCGGUAG